GGACAACUGGACAAGGCAUUCGUAAUUGGAUUUUCAUCUCGUGUGCCUUGUUGGCACUUGUUUCAUCAUCAUGAUUACAUUCCUGUACAACAUGCCCUUUCUCGUUUUACUAAGAGGCUAAAAGACGCAAUAACUGAAUGACGCAAAUCAUUGUAUGAACACUUUAGGGGUCGGACAUUUCAAUUCUGUCGAUUUUUUUUUUGUUUUGCGAGGAGCUGCUUUUUAGUUAUACCCAGUAAAUAUACAAUAUUUCAUACUUUCAAACCAUUUUGAUGCAAACGAACAACUUUUUGGGAAAUAAAUGCAAUUCAAGUAUUCAACACAGGUCAAUAGUUAACAGUCAAAGUUCAACGGAGAGAAAUAGGAAGUGAAAGCACGAUGAGUUAUGAGACGAAAAUGUAAAUAAAUAACAUCAUACAAUACUGCCAUUGAUUUCCGCAGUAUACUUUUUACAAUAUCCAUUCAUCGAACUACCGUUUGACAUCCGAACAUAGAACUUCAAAAGAAAAUGAAAUUUAAGCAGUGUGCUUUUAUUAACGUUGUCAUUAUCGUGGACAUUUUGAUCUUUGGCUCGAAAGCUUGCAACAGUCGAACGCCACAACAAAAGUCAUCUCGUCCACCUACUACAAAAAGAACCAAUACAAUGACGUCAAAUCGUUAUUCAACGACACCCGGUUCAGAUAGCGUCACAAAACCAUCUGCAGGAUCCCGUCCCACCUUAUCCAGUUCUAGUAAAUUUGUUCCAAGCACAACAGGUGCAACGACAACAUUAUACAAUCUCUGUAUAUCCACAUCAAUGGAGAAUCUAACAAUUGACUUCAUAGAAAAACAACUAGAAAUUCUAGGAAAAGGUGAUAUUCUGAAAAACCUGCUAUUAAAAGUUAGCACCGAAGAAGCAAAAGUUUUUAUCAAAGUCCUUGGAUCGGAUGGCAACACUUGUUCAGCAGGAUAUUUAAUCAAAAUAAACAAUAAUAAAGACUAUCACUACCACCUUCACAAACUUAAUGAUUCGUCAACAAAGCAAUUUUGCGAAAGUGCAAGAACCUGCAUGAAUUAUUCAGGUAUCGUAGCCAGGAUGAAAAAUCUAUCACCACCAACAAAAAGCAGCACCGACAAACCACUAGAAAAUACUCCUGCUCCGCGAAAAGGAUCUAGUGGCGCUUCAACAAUAACAAUCGUUAUACCGAUUGUUGUUGCAGCUGUUGUCAUCAUUGCUGUAGCGAUAAUACUAGGAUUUUGGUACAAAAAACGUGGAGCCUUCAGAAAUCAAAAGCCAACAAAAACCACUGCUGAGCACUUUGCUGGUCCUGUUAAUGGUGAUGUCUACACCGUUGCCAAUCCAACCAACGUGAAAUUUGUCAAAAAAGAAAAGGAGACAGACUUGGUUUACACGGAACUUUCUCAUGAGCGCUCUGAAAACGGUAAGAAGGAUAUUUCUAAAGAAGACAAUGCGGAAUAUUCAGAUAUAACACAUGUCCUCAAAGCUGGAGAAGAGACGUAUCAAAAUGUCGCUCAUAAAAUGGAGGACGGUGAUUCGUAUUCCAAUGUGAAAUUGAUUAAGUGAUAAGUUUGGUUUGCCGGAUUGAAACGUAUGUUUUUUAUCGAUUUUUUUAUUGAAUUCAAACGAUAAAUUUAUAUUUCUGUUAAGACAAAUAAAAAAUGUGCUUAUUGUGUUUUACUGAUCAAGUAGAA